AUGACUGAAGUGGCGCAGGUUACGACUGUAGACUUGGAUGAUGUCACGAACGAAAGUGAUCACAACAUAAGUGACGCAGAAGACAAAGGGAAUGAUAUGACGCACGAGGAAGACAAUGAAGAAGUUUGUGAGGAUGAGGCAGCAGAAGUUGAGAGUGAAAAGAUGUCACAGGUGGAAAAUGAAAAGCCUUGCCGCACAAAGGAUAAAGUGGAUGAGGAGACUGACGAGACACAGAUGAAUGGAGUGAAGCACAAUGAAGAGAACAAGGAAAAUGAAAGAUCAAAUGUUAAUGGUGUAGCAAAGGAUGAGAAGAAGGAGGAGGACGCAGAACCUGUUGCAAAUGAAGACCAGAAUAUUUCUGAUGUGACACUUAAGAAGGAGGUGAGUGAUAUUAUUGUAAUUUUUAUAUGGAUUUUACUUCUCACUCACACACUUGACAAGUCUGGCAGGAAAAUUCACAUCUCAUCUUCACAAUCAUAUUUAAACCACAGAGACUCCUGCGGUCCAGAAAGCCGGUGGCCAGGAGCUACAUGCCCAAACUGAACAAAGAAAAGGGGGACGUGACUGGAAAGUUUGAGGCCAUGCAGAAGGCCAGAGAGGAGCGCAGUAGGCAGAGGAACAGUGACGAGCAGCAGAAGAGGAAGGAACAGUACAUCAAGGAGAGGGAGUGGAGUCGCAGGAAGCAGCAGGUCAAAGACUGAUAACAACACUAACCCUGACUGUGACCUGCAUGGCAUGAUGAAGCAUGACCAGUGACAAGGUUUGAGUGAGAAUUCACUACACUCUUUACACCACACUGAAUUUGAAAGAAUUAAUCAGUUAAUUAUGAGAUUGUUUUUGUGAUAUUUAACACAGAAUUCAAUUGACAUGGCCGUAUUAAAAAACAGCUUAUUUACAAAAUAUUAUGCGUCAAAGCAUUAGAAGAAUAAACUCCUCAAAUCCUACAAUUAGCUUGCUAAGCAUUCCAGAUGCAUGGUGUUUAGCGGCUUUAUUAUUUGACUCACUUUGUUAUUUUUCUAAAUCUCAUUUGCUGAUACAUUUAAUGGAAUUACUCGUUAAGUUUUGUAAAUCAGAGUCGAUUAAAUCAAAUUCCCAUUGAGCAGCGAUGAAAAACCCCAACUGUACAUUUUAAAGUCUGAUAGUAUUUGUUGGGAACAUUGCUGAACAUGUGAAACAACUAAUAAGUCUUUUGAAGUUCUAUUUAGUUAGUGAAUGAUGUAUGUCAAGGUUAAAUCGUUGAAUACUUUAAGGUUCUAGCUCAGCAUAUUUGAUGGUUAUUAGCUUUUUUCUGACUUCUGACCAGCGAAACAUGACGUUUGUAUACAUAACUCCCUUUUCUCAUAAAAAUGCACCUUUUCGAAUAACAUACAGUGCCUGAUCAGUCUCUGGGAAAACAUCAGUGCAGUCAAAAAAUUUAAAUAAUAUGUAAGUCAUAAAUCAGUAUACAGUCAGUUACACUUCAGUCAGUUAUUUAAUUAUUUAAGUCUUUAAGAAUUUUAUGGAUGAAUCGAUUUAUAAAGAAUUUGUUAAGAAAGGUAUUAGUGGAUUGGUUAAAAGCAGUUGCAGCUCUAGUUGACAUUUUUACACAUAAUGUUUUUAUUUUUCAUUGCAUGUGGUAAGUUAUGAAAAAAAUUCUGUCCUUAAUUUUAAUUUUAGAAUGUAAGAAAAACAUUUGAAAAAACAUGUCAUUGCAGUUGACAUUCAGUGUAAGGCAACUGCUUCCGUGUCUAGAAAGCAACAUGGGAGGGAAUGAAAGAUGAGAGAAAGAGAUUAAGAUUUCACGGUUAAGACAGUUUGUGUAAGAGGAGGUUGAUUGUGGUAAAAUAAACACAGAUGAUAGGGUGUUUCGUGAGUGGAUUAUCAUUGAUACUCAGAUGGAACAACCUCCUUGUGUACAGCCCUGCCAUAGCCGGCCAGGCUCUGACACCUGCGCUCAUCUCCUGGCUGUGCAACAAUACCAGUGCCCAAUCAGUAGCCAGCCUGAGGGUCACAUGACCUGGCUAUUAGCAGGGAUUAGGCCCAUGUUCUUGCUGGGACCAGCAUGGUGCCUGAGUGGCAAAAGAGAUGAUCCCAGCUAAACCGUAACCUCACCACGACUCUCCAUUUGAUCCGACACAGAUAAAAGAACUGCUUGCUUCUAGUGAUGAGGAGGAAGAGGUGAAGCCAGCAAAGGUGGAGAAAUCCUACGUCCCCAAAAUCACAGGUGAGACACACACUCACACACACAGAUACGAAGGAAGAAAGGAACAUGUUUGGUUAGCGCUCUGGGAGGAUGAAGAGGGUAAAGGCUCUUGUUGUUAUCUUUGAAAUCCUCAGGUAGUGUGAAGGGGAAGUUUGCAGAGAUGGAAAAACAAAGACAAGAGGAACAGAGAAAGAGGAUGGAAGGAGAGAGGAAGAAGAGGGAAACUCAGGACUGCAUUGAAAAAGCCAAAAUAAAGAAAGAGUUGGCUCAGAAAGCAGCUGAGGUAAGUUAACCUGCAGUGGACUCCUUGCACAAUGUCUCAUCGGGAAGUGGGACAGCUUGUCUCGGUGCUUCAGUGCUGCCCUUCUGAUAAGAGUGUCACACUUGUGUCUGUAGUGAUUCAGGUAAUCCUCAACUGCCACUUAGACAAGCUAUUUUAAGUGGCAUUCAAAGUCCAGGCAAUUGGCAGAGGCUAGAUAUAGGUCUGGAUAUAGGAGCAUUGUUUACAAUUGUAAAAUGGGUCACAUGCUGUAUAUUUUAUCUGAACUCGUAAGACUUGUGGCAAUUUGUAAUGUUAUGAAAUGCAAUUCUGCAGAGCAGUUCGAAUACGGAGACACAGGAAAGUACAAAAGCAACAUUACAAAAGGACUUGUGAGGCCUUUAACAUAGUCAGAGAGAGCAGUUCUAAGUAAUAAUUAUGUAAAUACUUUUUAGCCAAAAGGACAUUUACUAGCAACUACCUGCUACUUUUUAUUAAUACUGCUUUUGUACUGUAAAAUCAGACUAACUGAUAUUGACGAUAAAGACCAACACUUUAAAAAGGCAGCAAACUAUUAUUUUUUUUCAAGUAAAUUCAGAAGACAUACAAUAAAUGAUCAUGGACUGAUAAAUUUUAAGGGCCAGUUACACUGUAGGUAGAUCUAUAUCUGAAAUCAGUAUCCUUGUGUCGUUAUUUUCUUACUUGAAGGGGGCUAGAGAAAUAAAACUGUGCCCCUGUUUACCCCCUUAAAUGAAUCGGCAAUCUCGGCGACACACUACAUCCUUAGCAGUGGUUGGCUACUUGUCUUGUCAAAAACCAACUGUGUGCCAUUAGGCUGGAAGGAGAUUUCUUUGGAUUUUAAUGUAGUAAAAAAAUUCUCAGUUCUUUAAAAUGUAGAAAGAAAUUUCAAAGCUGUUUUGAAUGAUAGGUAGAGGAAUUAGUCCACCAAAAAUUGCAAGCAACCCCCCCCCCCAUAAUAAUCGAUUUUCUUCACACUGCAUGAGCUUGCAAUUUUUGUAAGAACUUAGUAAAAUCUCAAUUUUGAGUCUUUAGAGGACCAAGCUUUGAAGAUUAACACGUUUCCUUUCUGUUGUGUUACUUAUUCAGAGUCAAAGGUUUUUAUUCUGGAUGUAAGCAUCUCUGUGAUACUUUAAAGGGAUAUUUCAGUAUUUUUGACAAGAGGUCGUAUGAGUUACAUGUCACUGGCAAGUUUACUAUAUUUUUCAGCACAAAGCUUUGCCAUCAGAAAGCUCUUUUGGUUUUGCAGACCCCACAUGCUCCUCCACAUGCAAAAGGAUCAGCUGUGAUGUAUGAUACGCUGUGGAUUUUGACAUUUUUGCAUCUCAGUUUUGCACAAUGUUCAGUCCUAAAUACCCAAGAUUACAUAGAGACUUUCUUAAAGAGAUUGUCAAGAGUAUUCAUAUGCAUUUCUACCUAAGAUGUGUUAGACGUUGCAGGUCACACCUCAUUUCUCCCUUCUUUAAUGUUAGCAUGAAAAUGUGAAACUUAAGAGUUUAAAUGGAGUACUGUCUAAUGUCUACGUUGUUCCUGCUCUUGUUCUAGAAACAACUGGAACAGUUCACGUCCAGUGCCGCCAGGUGUAGACAGCAUAUGACUGGCAACUGUUUCCCACACCUCACAGGGACUAAAUUAGCUCCAGACCCCCUUACACUGACCGAAUUAGACUCUGCUAUCUCAGACUGACACCCAUACUCUGACCUACAGCAAAUGGUGAUAUUAGGCCAGUGGAGUCACCCUCUACCCUCAUACAUGCUCUUAUUCCCAGGGUUUUUGUCUGUGUAUGAGUACUGAGAUUGACCUGAAUUUUAAUUUUACAGUAACAGCUAACAGAAAAUGAGAAAUGUGUAAUUUAUUUGUUUUGAUACUUUCAUUGUAGAGAUUUCCUAAAUUGUUAACUCCAAAGUUAAUAGGGGAAUUUUGUCAUACAUAGAACAGCUAACAACUCUAAAUUGUGUUAAAAAGGUCAUGUUUGACUGCUGUCUAAAGUUACAUUUAACUCCAGAGUUUCCAAAAAUACCUACAGUCUGGUAGGCAUUCUUGCAGGUUCUGCACUUAAGUGACUCCAAGCUCUGAAUUGGGCUGAACGUGUAUCACUUUACCAUCGCAAUCAACAUGAACACAAUAACAGUGCAGUAUGAACAAUGUCAGUCAUACACUUGAAACAAGUCAUGGUGCCUCCAGUUUGUAGUUUUUCCAGGAUCAGUCUACAAUAAAUGUAUACCUGACUUGACUCUAAUAUAGCUCCUCACUUUUAACACAUGGAGAACUGACCGAUGUGCAUACAGAGGCUGUAUCUGAAUCUGUGUGUCACAUGACUGUAAAAUGUGAACAUGUAAUGCUGCUGUCAACACAGAUACCCCUACAAAUACUUAAUCAAGUGUGAUGGAUUAUGAGACAACGUCUUCUUCCUCAUCCAGUUCAUUGAGGGCACAAAUACAGACUACUACAGAGUAUUUUCUUUUAGUGUCUUAACCUGCAUGGUACUGUUGUGAUAACCACAUGCAGUGGAAAAAAAGAAUUUAAAAAAAAUAUUGUUAAUAUCACAGGGUUGGUAAUGUAAUUUAAAUUUUCCAGUAUUGUGCAUCCCUAACUCUGAAGGACACUUCAGCUGUUGUCGGGUAAAUUAAUACGCCAGUUCAAACUUUCCUGUCUUGCCUGGUUUGCCUCUGACAUAUUUUUUAAUCAAAAUUUUGUUGUGCUCCAUCUGUGAGACGUGACAUCCACCACUUUCUGUAUGACCUACCCAAAACCAAUUGUUUUCAGUGUGGCAAUAUAAUCAAUAAGUACCAGUGAACACAUGAGGGAAAAGUAAUGUGCAUGUUUUGAAGAUGUAAGAAGUAGAAAUUAAAAGCAUUUCUUAGAUAUUUUAGGGUUAAAUUUAAUAUUUAAGGGUAUUAAGUUUUCAUAUCUGGUAACAUAACAUGACAUAACCAAGUUCUACCCAACAGUACCACUGUGUAUUACUGCAUUAGGCCACUGUCAACCUUUUGCAAAGGAUUUCAGUUUUCCUUAAACACACUGAAUAAACUGAGUUCCUACUCUGUUCUGUUGUAUCAACCAAGAGUCAUUUUCAUCAAACAUCUCUUAGGAAGGAGAUGACACCAUCCUGGUACGGGUGGUUCCUGCAAAGUCAUCGCGAUCCCCUGGUAGAAUCAAGAUGAACUUUGAAGACAUGGAGAAGAAUAGAGUGGAAGAAAUCAAGAAGAAAGAAGAGGAAGAGAAGAAGAGACGGUAUGAUGAGAACAGACGCUCCUUCAGGGACGCCAAGAGUCGCUCAGUCAUUGAACAGGUGGGAAAAGAUAAAUGUUAUGUUAACAGUCAGCUCAAACACCUGUUGAGCUUUCUUCAUCUUCCUCAAAGCUACCUUGAAUAGUAAUUACCGCAUUCUGCUACUCAUUUUAAUGUAGGAUGAAGAGGAAAAGCCAUCAGAGAGGGUGCAGACGACUCCCGGGAAACUAAAGAUGACAUUUGAGGAGCUGGAAAAGGAAAGGCAGGAGCUGAGGAAGAAGCAGGCUGAGGAGGGAGCCAAGCGCCGUCUGCUGGAGGAGAAGAAAGCUUUUGAGGAAGCCAGGCUAGGAAUGGUAAAUGCAACAUAACUGGGCCUAAGACCUAAGACAAGAUUGAUUAUUUCAACAAAAUACUGUGUAGCAGCAGUAAAGUCUGAAAGAUUUUAAGCUACAGCUGAUAAACUCUUGAAUAUUGAUAACCAUUAUUGGUCCUUUUUUUGUGGUCUUAGGAAGAAGAUGAGGAGGAUGCAAAGACAGCUCAAGAAGACAGGGAGGAAAUCCGACCUGGGAGACUGAGGCUGAGCUUUGAAGAGCUGGAAAGACAAAGAGUAGAAGAAGAACGCAAGAAAGCAGAGGAGGAGGCCAAGAGACGAAUGGAAGAGGAGAGGAGAGCUUUUGCUGAAGCCAGGAAGAGCAUGGUCGGUAUUCUUCCUUUAGGUUACUCAAAAUUAUAAAUAAAUUAAUGUAACAAGGUCCAUGAACACAGUCUUUCUAACCUCUCAUUUUAACAAGUUAGACUUUUAAAAUGAAAUUAAACAAAAAACUGUUUAAAAAUGACACUUGACCAUUUUGUAGGUUGUACAAAAGCCUUUUCUUCAGCACUUACUUAAGCAGCUUCCUUGAAUCAAAGAAUAAUUCUCAUAGUCCCUUGUAAGAUAUCAAAUUGUUCUGACAAUAAAUGAUCUAACUAUGUGAACUUUGGACAUGGACACUGUUGAGCACUUUCAUCUUCUACUGGGCCCACAGGAGCCUUGUUUUGACAUUUUGGCGAACUGUUCUGUGUUGCUUCUCAGCUUGUAGAUGAAGAUGAUGAAGUGCUGUUGGCCUUACUCAACCUAGAAGGCAGUAAACCUGGGAAGAUAUGUGCCAGUUUUGAGGACCUGGAACGCCAGAGAAGAGAGGAGGAGCAGAAGAAAGCUGAGGAGGAGGCAAAGAGGAGACUGGAGGAAGAGAAGAGGCUCUUUGCUGAGGCCCGCAAGAGCAUGGUAAGUUACAAUAGUUCUGUGACCAAAAGUUAUUCCCUGCAUGUAUUUUACACACCAUCAGCAUAUGAGGAGAUGAUUGUCAUCGUAGCUAAAGGCUUUGAUUUGCUUUGCUUCUUUGGACCUGCUUACUGUUGGCUUUUGAAAGAACAGAGAAAAUGGUAUUAUGACCAGAUGUCAAAAUAAAAACUGCACAGCAUGUAGUUCAUACAUAUAAUAUUUUUAGGAUGAAUUUUUAAUGCAUAAAUUGAAAGAUUCAUGCAUGCAUGUCAAUUUAAAAAGUCUAACUGACUAACACACAUUUGGACUCUUCACACUUAUCCCAUCAUAAACCCUGAAUUCUAAUAGGUUGAGAGUCAAACAUACUGUGCAUGUUUCUGAAUAUCUCUGAUGGGCUCUUUUGGUACAAAAAAAUUGCUAUUCCCUUGUCUAAAUGAUUUCUUUAAGAGCCCUGGCGUGGAUCAGGAAAAAUCUGCAUAUGGAGAUGAAACAGUAAGAUAUUUUUACUUUUAAAAGUAUAUUUAUCACUGAAAAGUUAGCAUUAAAAUGAAUCACAACACUUUUCAGUUAAAUAUGCGAACGUGAAUAAAUUCACCACACACACAAGGACGAAAAUGAGACAAUCAGACAAUAUUGUGACUGGUGUAUAUUAUUAUUAUUUCCUUGCAUGUUGUCUUUUUGCACAAUGAACAACAAUGAGAAUGGCUUUUGCUUAGUUUUUCUGAUUGAAUAACAUUGUUCCAUAAUGGGUAAGUAGAGAGACCUGAAUUCCUUUGCUCUAUUAUAAAGAAUUUGAUUAAAAAAAAAACACUGUCUUGGAUCGCAGUACAGUUAACAGGACUGCAUUUUUGUUUAAUUAUGUGCACAGGCAAUGGAUGAGGAUGAAGGAAUGGUAAAGAGUUCAUCUCAGGAGGCACUGCACCCAAGAAAACUGGAGAUCAACUUUGAAGAGUUACUGAAAGAGAAGGAAGAGGCUGAGAGAAGGCGCAAGGCAGAGGAACGCAAAAAGAAGAUGGAGCAGGAGAAGCAGGAAUUUGAACAACUCAGACAAGAAAUGGGCGAGGUAAGACUACAACACGAUACAUUUUUCUAGCCCAUGUCCAUCUCUUUCUUUUUCCUGCAAAUAAAGUGCCUGUGUCCCCUAAUAUUUAUGGGCAUACAUACUAACAAUGGUACUCACCUGACUUCGUUUUCACAGGAUGUAGUAAAUGAGAGCUCGGAUGUUGUUAAUAGAGAGUACGAAGAACUGACCAAGCUAAAGAGGACAGGCUCCAUCCAGGCCAAGAACCUCAAGUCCAAGUUUGAGAAGAUUAAGCAGCUGACUGAUGAAGAAAUUCAGAAAAAGAUUGAGAUGGAGAGAGCACGACGGAAGGCUAUUGAUGAUGAAAUUAAAGAGAGAGAAGCUGAAAGAUUCCAGGAGGUAAGAUAAGACAUCAAUAAUUCAACAAAAAAACAUAAGAAACUUUGAAGAGUCCCUUCUGACCUCGACAUACUAUUAAUGAGGAAUGUCUUAAUGUCACUGUGUUUUUCAGGAGGAUGAGGAAGGAGAAAUGACAUCAGUGAAAGCUGAGGAGACACCCUUCAAACAGAAGGUGGAUAUGAAGGCUCGAUUUGAACAGAUGGCCAAAGCCAGAGAGGAGGAGGAGAGGAGGAGAAUAGAGGAGCAGAAGCUGCAGAGGAUGCAGUUUGAACAGCAGGAGAUUGAUGCUGCCCUCCAAAAGGUUAUUUUUCAUUUUUUUGAACAUAUAAACCAGAUUUUUUCAGGUUUGUAUUACUUUGACAUGUUGCAAUAUGUUUUUCAAAUAUAUAUCCUUUGUCUGCAGAAGAAGGAGGAUGAUGUGGAGGAAGAGGGCAGCAUCAUCAAUGGCUCUGCAGCCUAUGAAGAUGAAGAGGAUCACGCUAGGUCAGGGGCCCCAUGGUUCAAGAAGCCACUAAAAAACCAAUCAGUUGUGGACUCAGAGCCAGUGCGGUUCACAGUGAAGAUCACUGGGGAGCCAAAGCCAGAGGUCACUUGGUGGUUUGAGGGAGAGAUGCUCCAGGACUGUGAGGACUAUCAGUAUAUAGAGAGAGGAGAGACAUACUGCCUCUACCUGCCAGAGACCUUCCCAGAGGAUGAGGGGGAGUAUAUGUGCAAGGCUGUCAACAGCAGAGGCACAGCAGCGAGUACCUGCAUCCUCACAAUAGAGAGUAAGACCACGUUGGUGUGAUUGCAUGCCUGCAUGGAUUUCAACUAGUCUCUUUGAGGUGGAUCGCAUGCUCCUCUUCCUGGUGAAGAUGUAGCUGUGGGUAACUGUUCUUCUGUCUCUCUCUUGCAGCUUAUGACUACUGA